AUGCUUAUUACUCGAGACGGCGCACCGAUCGAGUGCACGGAAGUAAGUCCUGACUGCCCUGUCCAAGGUACUAUCUAUGGAUACGCCCCCAACUUCGCCGCAAACGUCGCCUUUUGUGCCAUCUUUGGGAUUCUUUGUCUAGUCCAGCUUGCCCAGCUGCUCAAAUGGCGCAUGUGGUCUUUCGGUAUUGCUGUGAUUCUAGGAGCCGUCUCAGAGGUCAUCGGGUACGUUGGCCGACUUAUACUGCACAGUAACGCAUACUCCAACGUUGGAUUUGAAACACAGAUUUGCACCCUGACCAUUGCGCCUGCCUUUUGGUCGGCCGCCAUCUACUUGACGCUGAAGCAUCAAGUCUAUCUUUUUGGACGCAAAUAUUCGACGCUCAAGGCGGAAUGGUAUCCUUACAUUUUCGUCACCUGUGAUCUCCUGUCCCUCAUUCUUCAAGGAACCGGUGGUGGUCUUGCAGCCACAGCCACCACUCCCCACGACGCUUCCAUUGGAAGUGAUGUUAUGUUGGCAGGGAUUGUCUGGCAGGUGAUCACUCUAACAGUAUUUGGGCUAUUAUGGGCACAAUAUCUUUGGAGUGUCAAGAAGGCACCAGCGCAUCAAUUGUCGGUGGAAGCUGAGAAUGUUUGGAUGCGCAAGAAUUUCUGGAUCUUUUGUAGUGGCAUUUUGGUGGCAUUUGUGGCUACCUAUGCACGAUGUGUCUACCGUAUCGCAGAGAUGGCCGGUGGAUGGCAGAAUUCCAUUAUGCAAGACGAAACCACUUUCAUCAUAUUUGAAUCUGCAAUGUGCGCUGUGGCCGUAUUAACCCUCUGCAUCACACACCCGGGACACUUCUUUAAACACAUGAAUGGAAAAUACGCGACGGUGAAUACCGAGGAUUCAAUUUCUCUGCAAGCAAACUCGGUCAAGGAGAACGUCGUCUAA